AUGAAGUUGUCCAUCAUAGCCACGAUCGCGGCGGUCGCCAUCACUUCUACGGAAGCAUGUGCCAAGUACAAGACUUGCUGGUGUGAGAGAAGCAACUUCAUGUACCAGGGCAAGCUGCAAGAUAACAUCGCCUGGGACAAAGACACCGUCAACGCUUGCGUGGAUCUCGGAGCGGCUGGAUACUACGGACAGAACUUCGAGGAGUGCCACCGCUACAAGGAGUCCUUCUUAGCGUUCAUUCCCCCCAAGGCCAUUAACAACUGUGAUUGGACCAAGAAAUGCCAAUCGGUUGGUGCGACGACUGGAUAUUGCCGAGAUAAGAUUUAGUUACCCCAAAGUUCGAGAUAAUGAUAAAUACAGAG